UUCCAUUCCCUCACGGUUGGGGGUGAAUGCUUAUCAGCUUAAAAUAACUCAUUCUCAAGCUUUGUUAUUUAAAACACAAAGUUGUGAUUUCAUCCCACAUACGAUUAUUACCGCAUACGCAGGAAUCUUCCGGAGUGACGGCUUUGUUGAAACCGAAUCUCUGCAAUCAUCGUCACUUUCACGUCAAUCUUUUGUUCGACCCAAUUCAGUACUCACAGUCUGAAAUUACUCGGAAAUUAUCUUCGCCAUGCAGUUCACUGACGCGGAGGCCGCUGAUGUAAAGAAAUGGGUGGUCAAAAAACUGGAGGACAUCUCUGAUGCCGACUCGGAUGUGCUUGCAGACUAUGUUUUGGCGCUAGUUAGGUCCGAUGCGCCAGCCGAGGAAAUCAAGAAGGUCUCGGUGGAAAACCUGGAGGAUUUCCUGCGCGAACACACGCAACCAUUUGUCACUGAGCUCUUUACAACCUUCGGUCCCAAACAACCCUCGCCUCCUGUGCCCGCACCUCCACCCCAGCCUCAGCGCCAGCCCCAACCCGCUGCUCACAUUCCCUCAUCACAACCUCCUGACAAUGCCCCCAGUGGCCCGAGGGCUGCCGUUGCUCCCAGCAGUGCCAACCGCAAACGAACUUUUAAUGAUGGAUUCCAAGGGGAGCCAGACCACGAUGAUGGUGGGUUCCAGAAUCGCGCCAUGAAGACUGCACGGCGUGGCGCGCGCGGAGGCGGUCGCGGCGACUUUAUGGGUGGACAUCAGAUGCAACAGGGUCAACAAUAUCCCCCACAGCAACAGGGUCAAUUGUUCCCUCCGCAGCAACAGGGCCAGCAAUUCCCUCCACACCAGCAGGGCCAACAGUUCCCUCCGCAGCAGCCCGGUGGCUUCCCCAUGAUGCCCGGUUUCCCGCCGUUCGACCCAAACGAUCCUAUGGCAGCAAUGAUGGCUAUGCAGGGAAUGCAAGGUAUGGGAUUCCCGCAGAUGCCGGGGAUGCCUAUGCCCGGGAUGCCUGGUCCUCCCGGUCAGCCAGGAGUCGAUCAAAUUCCACAAAGCAACCAGCGAUGUCCGUUCUAUGAUACCCAAGGUAUCUGUUACCUAGGAAAUACUUGCCCUUACCAGCACGGCGAGGGAGGUGUCUCGAAAGACGAUGAAUAUGACCCCAAGACUGCGGGUAUGCAUGCGCAGCGAGGUGGUGCUCCUAUGCGCGGUGACCGUGGCCGCGGCCGUGGUCGCGGCGGAUUCAGCGGACGAGGACGCGGCCGGUCCGAUUUCUCAUCGGCAGGACCUAAUGAGGACCAGUCUGUCACGACGAUUGUUGUUGAGCAGAUUCCCGACGAGAAGUUCAACGAGGAUUCUGUGCGUGAGUUCUUCUCUGAGUUCGGCAACAUUACUGAGGUGUCCUUGCAACCCUACAAAAAGAUCGCUUUGGUCAAAUACGAGACUUUCCCCGAAGCCAAGGCCGCGUGGUCCAGUCCCAAGGUCAUCUUCGACAACCGUUUCGUGAAGGUUUACUGGUACAAACCCAACCGCGAAGAGAAGCAUGACAGCGCACAGCCUGAGGCCCCAGCCUUCAACCAAGAAGAGUUCGAGAAGCAACAACUAGAAGCACAGAGGGCGCACGAGGAGAAAAUGAAAAAGCGACAGGAGACCGAAGCAGCCAAGCAGGCUCUUGAGCGCCAGCGCGAUGAACUUAUCAAGAAACAGCAGGAGGAGCGGGCCCGUCUCAUGCAGCGACUCGGUGGCACAACAGACACAAGCGAUGCUACCGGUGCUGGGGAUGCCAUGGCCACCGAGCCUGCCGAUGAGAAUAUCAGUGAUGAAACGAAACAGCUGCGAGCUCAACUGGCUGCUCUCGAGGCCGAAGCAAAGAGUCUUGGCCUCGACCCUGCGGCCGACCCUUCGGGGCGGGGUGGAUACCGGGGUCGUGGUGGCUUCCGCGGCCGAGGCACAUACCGUGGACGCGGCGCCUACGAUCCCAACUUCCGUGGAGGAUAUCGUGGACGCGGUGGGUUUGCGGCUCGGGGACGAGGAGGUGUAUUGCGUCUGGAUAACCGGCCUCGACGAGUCGCCGUAUCGGGCGUUGAGCUCAACUCAGACAAGGACGAAGCAUUGCGUCAGCACCUGAUGGGCGUUGGCGAAUACGAAUCUAUUGAGGCACACCCAGACCAGCCCAACUCCGUCGUGGUGGCAUUCAAAGAGCGCUUCCAGGCCGAGAAGCUCAUGUUCUCUCCCUGGAACAUCCCCUCCGUGGGCGAGGUCCAACUCACCUGGGUGGCCAACCCGCCCAUUGUACUUCCUACUGCUGGAUCAUCAACAGAAUUCAAGGGUGGCCUUGGACAGGACGAACCUGAAGACACAGUCAUGUCGUCCACCUCGGUGGCCAACACCGCACCUGCGCGGGAUAUGGACUACGAUGUUGCGGAGGAUGACAGCUGGGGGGCGUAAUUCCGUUACCUUUUGUGUACCAUCAUGUGUUGGUUGUAUAGGCUGCAUUAAGCUAUUCUUAUGGGAUGGACGUUCCAUUCCCGA